UUGGUGGAGAAUCGAGGAAAACCCUGAGAGAUUACGCGCAGGGCAGCAAAGCUCCAGAAACUAAGACGAAAACAACGCAACGCGGCCACAUCCGCCUUUAAAACGACUAUACAACAAUAUCAGACGUGAAGCAGACGGCGGCCGUCGGCAGAACUGAGCUGACAGUAUGUCCAAACAGAAGGACAUCGUGAGACGUGACGCGCCGAUGCCCAGAAUUCGAGAACAGUCCAGCGUCACGCAGACGCACGAAUCUUUUGCAGACCUGAUAAAUGGACGUUAUCCUUCACGGCCCUUUCUGGAUGUUUUAGGUUUCAGUUACUUAAGGAACUAUGGUGCCAGACUGCAGGAGGAUUUCUUCUAUUCUGAUGAUGAUGACAGCGAUGAUGAUGAUGACGACGAUUAUUUUUAUCCUAGCAGGGCUGCAUACAGUCCUUUAAACCCACAUCCACGUAUAAGGCAACUCACAGAUGAGGAGGCUGAUCGACAUGCCAAAGAAUUAAUUGCAGAAGAGGAACGACGUAAAGGGAAAACGGAGAGAAACAAGCGUAAAAAAAUGCGUAAAAAAGAAAGGAAGCGACUGGAAAAGGAAAAUGCAAUUAAAGAGAAUUUACCUGAGAAAGAUCAGGAGAAGACAGAGACUUCAGAAAAUCAAGUAGAAAAUCCUAUAAUUGAAACUAAUGUAGAUGAAUUAAGUAAAACACAGAAUGUACCACAAGCUGUUGGAGGUGAUGAGAGUUGUUCUAAUAGUAAAGAAGAAACCGAGAAACCGAAUAAGAAAGAUGUGGAGCCAAAGGAGACUGGUGUAAAUAAUUCCUAUGAUUCUACCCCUAAAUUGGUGUCUGAGGAGACGUUUAACCAGACACCAGUAAAAGAGCAAAAAAAGAAAAAAAAUCAGCAACACAAAGAGGAAAAGCCAAAAACUACAGGGAAUAUGGACGUUGAAAAGAAAAAUGAAACCAAAAACGAGGAGUUGCAGAAAACACUGGAUCCCACUAAUGAGGAAUGUGCCAAACGAAGCCGAGACCUCGCUGCUGCAGGAAACCGCUUCGCAGCCUCAGGACAGUAUGAGAUCGCAGUGAAAUGCUUCACAGACGCCAUUAAAUUCAACCCAAAGGAGUUUAAGUUGUUUGGAAAUCGGUCCCUCUGCUACGAAAGGAUGCAGCAGUAUGAGAAUGCCCUCAGGGAUGCCGACCUCACUCUCUGCAUGGAGCCAGGCUGGACAAAAGGUUUAUUUAGAAAAGGAAAAGCUCUCUGUGGACUCAAGAAAUACUAUGAGGCAUCGCUGGUCUACACGGAGGUUUUGAAACUGGACAGUUCAAGUGCUGAAGCCAAGCAAGAGCUGAAACGAGCACAGAUGUUGCAUCUGAUGGAAAUGGGCUUCAGCAGGGAGGAGAGCCUGGAGGCCCUGAAGACACACGCCACCUUGGAGCACGCCGUGGAAGCGCUGUUUUCUAGAAGUCCUCCAGCUGCCAGCAGCGCCCCCACAAAACAACCUGUGGAGCAGGACACAGACGAGGUAGAGGGAGAGUGGAUGGUCCAGCAGACGAGCCGUUCGAGGGCGCAGCAGGUGAAAGAGUGCGAAGCUUUGAGCCAAAGCAGAUCAAAAUCCCAGUCGCCGACUCCUCCUCUGUCCAGGAGUUCAGUCAAAGCGGACCUCAUUUCCAUCUGGGUUGGGUCCUUGGCUCCUACUGUCACCUAUGCAACACUUCACGAGCUGUUCAGCAGAGUUGGGGUAGUCUACAGCAUCAAGAUGCUGCUGGAACACCAGUGUGCCUUUGUGAACUACACGAGGAAGGAGGACUGUGACAGAGCUAUCCAAAGUUUCAAUGGGAUGGUGCUUGAGGGGUCUCCUCUGUCAGUGCGGUACCCCAGUAAAACCCACACCGCACUUAGCUACAAGAAGGAGUGCUUCUUCUGGAGGACCACAGGCUGCACGAGGCAGGACUGCACCUACAAGCACGUACCAGAACACAAGAACAUUGACAGGGAUAAGUUCACCAGUAGACUGGGACGCUUCAACGUGUAGAACAUAACGAGCAACAACACCAGUGAUGCCAACAUGGGCCUAUUUGGUUAUAGUGAAGGUUCAGCUCCACUUCUAUGGCUGUAAAAGGAAACUACAAAGAACUGCUGUACUAUAAUAAUAAUAAUAAUAAUAAUAAUAAUAAUUAACGUGUCCUUAGAUAAUCGUCAGCAUGAAUCUGUGCAUAUUCUAAAGCAGUAUUUAUUUGUCAGGGACAUUGUCAUCUAAUCUGUUUAAAGGUUCUGCUUUGUUGCAUUUUCAUGUUUUAAUUAACAGAUUUUUCUGUUGAUUCAGUCACCAGUAGGUGGCGCCACUGUCUUUAUCCCUUAACUUGGAGGCAACUGUUCUGCUUCAUUUUUAAGGCUGUUAUUAAUGAGUAGUUGUGCUACAGCCACAUUGAAUGUACAUAGUUUUGUUCCGAGUCCGCUUUAAGAGCUGGAGCAGCGGGUUUGUUUUCUGUUUAGUGAAUGUCUCUCUUCAGUAGUUCCAUGUGCAAUAAUAGAACGUCCUGUUUGCUGGAGAACGUGGUGAGCAGCGCUGAUGCUUGGGUGUGAUCCAUAAAAGUGCCUUUCAGUAGCACUAUGACUGUAGGUUUAUCAGCUCAGGAGGAAUUGAAGCCUCAACGGAGACUGUAAAUGUCAUGUGAUGGAAAUGAAUAAAUACAAGUAUGGAUGGGCCUCA